CACGAGGUUGCGUACGUUCGCCCAAAACAGCGCCAAUCAUACUACGUGCUAGCGGGGGCCCAAAAGGGUACCCAUUCCCUUCAGUGACCGUCGUCGAGGUUUCGAUCGUUCGAAAGCCACAACGGCUUUUUGUUUCCGAUCAAAAAUAGCACGUGAAAAUGACAAAUCACAGCCACCCGUUGGUUACGGUGUUGGUGCUCCUGCUUUCGGGAGUUUUCUACACGGCCACCGCUCAGGUUGCGCUGUGCCUGACCGUCGAAGACUGUAUUCAAGAAUCGCCGUUGACGUGCCAAGAAUGGAUUGACUCGAUGGAAUCUUGGGACGGUGAAUGCUGCUCGUUUCAGGACGUUACCGAUGAUUCCGAAGUCCAAUGCCGCCUCACCAUAGUGGGUAGUUGUCGUUGGAUUGAUCCGCUCUUGGCCUGCGCUCCAGACGCCACGGUUUGUAUCUACGGUGGCACCGUGUAUGAAGUAGUCGAUACGAACGAGACGUGUCCCGAAUCCGUCUACAGCCCUUUCCAAGGCUUGGAAGCACCGACCGCCGCUCCCAUCGACAACCGCGAUACUGUGGCACCCACAGAGGUCAUGGGUGUACCCUACGUGAACGAAACAGAGACACCAGCUCUGGAUUCGCCGUUGCCAAGCAACGAAAGCGACUCGAGCAACGCCUCGACCCAAACAUCGUCGGCGCGAGGUAUCUGUACUCGUCGCAAUGCUUUGGCUUCGUUUGUUUCGGCUGCUGUCCUCUACACUUUUCUGAAUUGACUGUGAGUUGAACAAGUCGGUAAACAUCCCGCGUCGUAGUUGGAAAGCUCACUGCUAUUGCCUUAGUAUAGCACUAUUCCGUGGAAUGAUUUGCUUGAUUGUGAGCAUGGACUGACGUUGCGACCAUAUUAAUAUAAGUAGCAACAUGUUUCUGUAAAUAU